AUGUCUUCUAAACAAAAGAAUACUCUUAGUGAUGCCCAAAAGUAUGAGCUUUGUCUUUAUGCUCACGAUAAUAAAUUAACUCAUGCAAAAUAUAUCGAUUGGAUUGAAAAAAAGUGGGAUAAACGGCUUACCACUGAAAUUGUUAACCCAGAGAAAAGAAAAAAUAAAGCUGUUACAGUUCCAGCCUUUGAGCUUGCUCUUAAGGAAUUUGUAUUAACCUACCAGCAUAAAACGAUUUUAAGUAAUGCAAUGUUAAUUAAAAAAGCAAGAUUACUUGCUAAUGGGUUGGGAGUUCCUGAAGGUACUUUGAAUUUUUUCUCUGGCUAG